CGGCUGCUGGUGCUCGACUAGGCUGGCGGCCCCAGCUCUUGUCCCCACGUCUCAGCCCGCGAGGCGCCAGGGCCGCGCCGGGGCAUGGACGAGGGGAAGAUGGACGAGAAUGAAUGGGGGUACCACGGUGAGGGCAACAAGAGCCUGGUGGUGGCCCACGCGCAGCGCUGUGUUGUGCUGCGUUUUCUGAAGUUUCCUCCAAGUAGGAAGAAGACUUCAGAAGAGAUAUUUCAGCACUUGCAGAACAUAGUGGACUUUGGCAAAAACGUCAUGAAAGAGUUUUUGGGGGAGAACUAUGUUCAUUGUGGGGAAGUUGUUCAGCUGCCUUUAGAGUUUGUGAAACAGCUUUGUUUAAAGAUACAGUCUGAAAGACCAGAAUCUCGCUGUGACAAGGACCUCGACACUCUCAGUGGUUAUGCUAUGUGCCUUCCCAAUUUAACCAGGCUUCAGACCUACCAUUUUGCAGAGCACCGGCCAAUUCUGUGUGUAGAGAUUAAGCCAAAAUGUGGGUUUAUUCCUUUCUCGAGUGAUGUCACUCAUGAGAUGAAGCAUAAGGUGUGUCGGUACUGCAUGCACCAGCACCUCAAGGUAGCAACUGGGAAGUGGAAGCAGAUAAGUAGAUACUGUCCCCUUGAUCUCUACUCAGGAAAUAAACAGAGAAUGCACUUUGCUUUGAAGAGUUUGCUGCAGGAGGCACAGAACAACCUGAAGAUAUUCAAGAACGGCGAGCUGAUCUACGGCUGCGGAGACGCGCGGAGCCCCGUGGCCGACUGGAGCGAGCUGGCGCACCACCUCAAGCCCUUCUUCUUCCCUUCCAACGGCCUGGCCGGCGGCCCGCAGUGCGCACGGGCCGUGGUCCGGGAGCUGGUGCGCGUGGUCGCGCGCGUGCUGCUGAGCGGCGCCGACAAGGGCUGUCCCCUGAUGUUCUUGGUAGGAAAAAACACCCCAGAGUGCUCGGGGUUACCGAAGGGCUGUCUUCUGUACAAAACCCUCCAGGUGCAGAUGUUGGACCUGCUGGACAUCGAAGGCCUCUACCCUCUGUACAACCGGGUUGAGCAGUACCUGGAGGAGUUUCCCGAGGAGAGAAAAAGGUUACAAAUAGACGGACCUUAUGAUGAAACGUUUUACCAGAAGCUGCUUGAUCUUUCCACUGAGGAUGAUGGGACGGUGGCCUUCGCAUUAACAAAGGUGCAGCAGUACCGAGUUGCCAUGACUGCUAAGGACUGCUCCAUCAUGAUUGCUCUCUCCCCUUGUCUGCAGGACACAAGCUCUGAUCAAAGGCCUGUCGUCCUUUCAUCGAGGUCCAGGUUCACCUUCUCUGUGUCUGUGCUGGACCUCGACCUCAAGCCCUACGAGAGCAUUCCUCACCAGUAUAAACUUGAUGGCAAGAUAGUCAACUAUUAUUCAAAGACUGUACGUGCCAAAGAUGAUGUCAUGAUGUCAACUCGGUUCAAGGAAAGCGAUGAUUGCACAUUAGUUCUACAUAAGGUCUAACUUUUUCUCCUGCAGUGUCUUUGAAACUUGAACAUAGAAUGUGAAGGUUGAAUGACAGAGCUGUUGUCUGUUGUGCUGGGUGGCCUUUGGCUGUGAAUGUUUUUGCUUUUAACCCCUGUUGAGGUGGGAUUGCCUCUUGGAGACAUGGAAUCAAAGAGCACUAGAAACAUCUUCCAAGACAAGGAAUGUAGGACGUGAGUGCUGUGUCCCAGGAAGCUGCUCACGUUCUUAAAACGGAAGUGUCCGUUAAGCCCUGGGAAGACAUUCUGGGUAGUUCUUCCUUCCCAGCGAGGGCUCAUGUCUAAUUCUCUAAUGCAAAAAGCCUUAUUAUAAGACCCAAGGUUUGGAUUUCCUACCACCAGACUCCUAACAUAGAAAACUUGAAUUAUCACGUGCAUCUUACGGUUUGGACUUUAAAAAAACAUGGAUACUACUGGAACUUUUCCCCAGCUGAGUUACUUAGUCACUUUUUCAGUGCAAGCCACACAUCAACACAGGUUUAGGUGGUUCCCUGCUGCUUCAGGUGAUUAGUGGGGACGUCUGUUCUGCGUGAUCUAGACCCAGGGUCCCUGUGGAAGUGCCGAAGCCCAGGGCUCUGGAAGGGUCAGCAGGGAGCGCAAGACUCAGGUCAGGAUGGACACCACUCAUGUGAGCAUUGACUUUUUCUUUCUGCUUUACAAUUUUGUCUUUAACUUCAACGGGAGAUAAGGCAUUCUUUCCCACUUGAAAUUGCUGCUGUAGAAGCUGGAUGCGGAGCUGUAACUCGCUGAGCUACUGUGGCUGAGCUUGGGUGGGUGUGCCCCUGACGGCCCAAUGUUUUCCUGGCACUCUGGUGUUUUGGGUGGUGAAGGAAUGAAUUUUCCCUUCCUCCCAGACUGCAUUCCUCCCUUGGGUUUGCCUUGAGAUGUGUCAGGUUUGCAGGUCUCACAGCCUUGCCUGUUCCUGUUGGAGCUGCCAAAGGCAGGCCCUGCUUCUGGAAGAUGAAUGACUCCUGGCUGGAGCCAAGAGGGUUCUUGUUGGGGUCACCAAAUGUGUGCCCGGCUGCUAUGAAAACUGUUAGGAAUCUUGGCUUCAGUUUUUUAUUCUAUGGUAGGUUGUACAGACUGAUUAUUAUUUAUAUCAUCAUUUUGAAGGACUAAUGAAGGCUUAUUGUAACAUAUAAUAUUAGCAAAACCAUGGAAUUGUAUGAAAAUGCUACAUGAAAAAUAAGACAAAUAUUUUGCUGAUUGUAAAUUUUUGUGGGAAAUUUUGUGAUAACUUGGCAAAUUAUACUUGUUUGAAUCAAGCCAA